CUCCGCCAAGAAAUGGCGCCGUAGACGAUUUCGAUCCAAGUAGCGCAUUAGGUUUCGAAACAGAAAAAGCCCAGCUCUACCAUAGAUUAGGCUCGUAGUCAGACGAGCUGAACUGCAAGAAGUCUACUCGUCGUUGAGUCUUUCCGUCUGCGAGAAUAGCCACCCACUUCGAUUAUCCACUUCCUAGUGAGAACUGAAACUGAACCGAUCCUCAGUCAUAACCAGUUCCCAAACCAUUUAAGCCCAGGCCCAUUUACAAUUGUAAACCCAAAUCCAACGGUCGUAUUUUAAACCAUUUAUCGCCGGUUAAGCGACAGCAGUGUAGGUUUGCAGCUUUUGAAGUUUACAGUUGCACAACGAUGAGGAUUAAAGAUAAAAAUCCUCUAUUGUUCUAAUCUCCUGGUUUUCCAUGUUUUGCUAGGUGCAGAACGCGACACGUGGACAGUCCAUCACCAACGGUCUAGAUUAAGAAGGUUGGUUGAGGCUAUCAAAACCGGUUUACAAGUGUGGAUGACUCGAACCGGUUCACCCAAACAGCGACAAUGUCUUCAACGAAGCCUUUGUACCCUCAAUGAUGUGCUUCCGAGACAAACCCUUGUCAUUAGGACCCGAACCUCCCCAUAAGAUCUUGGUAGACACAACGACGUCGGAUCGCUUCCAUCCAAGCUCUCGUAUUGCUUGUCCCAUGAUCUCCUCAGCACGGCCAUUGGCGUAGACUUCGGCGUUGUCGUAGAAAUUGACACCACAGUCACGGCAGCACUGGAGAGUUGUGAUCUGUUAGUGUUGGUGUUAGUGUUAGUGUUAGUGUUAGGGAUGAUCAAUCUUACUCCUCUACCUGUAAAGGAUGCAAUCUGCAAUAGCACAAUCUGUCUUACUUUAGCUUAGAUCUUCAAAUGUGUUCGAUGAAAUGACUGUGAAUCAUCUUUAGAAAUCAAGUAACCUUACCCUGUAUGAUAUUAGUUUGAAAUUUUAUCCAAAACCUAGAUCUGAUCCUGAAAGAGGAAAGUUUUUUUCAAAUCGAUAGAGAGAAUCCGGCUACAGAGAUGUUCAAGGAAACAAGGAUUGUGUCUUUUGUUUCCUUUUGGAUUUGUUGAAGCCGGAUUUGUUUCUACAUGAGAACGAGUUCGUCUUUGAGUCGAGAAUCGGGGCCGUAAGAGUCUACCCGGAAAAUGACCUUUCCUUUGGUGUCGUGAACGGCGAAACCGUCGCCGGGGAAGAAGUGAGACGUCUUGAGUACUGUUAGCUGGGUCUCCUCUUUGAAGCAGAAGCUUUCCUCAACGACAACGCCGGUGCUCAUGGUUUGUUAGCUCUUUCUUCUUCUCCGCUGUUGUUCAAUCCAGAUCAUUCAAAAACUUUUCAGGACGAUAGUAGAAGAGAAAAUGGAGAAGAAAAGACUUUUACAAGAGACUGAGUGCAACUUCUCGGUCUGGUUCACAAGGAGAAAACCCGGUUUUGGUAGCCUCAACCAACAUAUAUCAUCUUGACCGUUGGUGAUGUACCAUCAGAUUAGAACAACAGAGGAUUUUUAUCCGAGGAUUAAAGUCUAAACUCUCAAGUCAUGUCUCAAGUUGUGGCUGAGAAGUGGAGGACUGAAGGUGAAAGGAUCUUCACUUGGGAAGGUAGAAUUUGAUAAGCCAUUGAAUCAGUCAGUGCAUUCAAGACUUUCUGAUCAGGGCUUUUGAGCUUUAAUGGCGGCUUGUUCUGGGGUUUUUCUCUCCUGAGCCGAUAAAUCCAAUUUGUUGGUCGGAGAAGUCUCUCGAGUAAGAAACCGAAACAGGGUCAUUCUCUACUUUGCUGAUUCAGUUUAUUUUUCGAACAGCCCGCGACGAACAGAGAAAUAGAGCUUUUCUGCUAGUCAUGCCUUGCUAUGUUUCCUCUGUGACAAGUCUAUCAAGUAGAUUCUGCAGAAAGGCGUGGUCUUGUUGUAAGUUACUGAACUUUUCUGUGUUGUGUUCUGUUGAAACCAUAGAAUUUCCAGACGAAAGAACUAGCCAUGACAAUAACGGUGAAAUCCCAGUUCAAAACCCAUAUUUGUAUUAUGUUAUGUUGCAGCGUGGUAUGCAGAAUUAUGCAGCUUCUGGUUUUUACAAAGAAGCUUUGCACACCUUAAAUCUCAUGACACAUAUAACCGGGAAGCCAACUGUGUAUGAUUAUAAUUCGUUUAUGUACCAUUAUCUGAAGUCAAGAAAAACGUCAAUGCAAAAUUUAGUUGAAGUGUAUGAUCUGAUGAGAGGAUUUGGGCCUCCUCCAAAUGCCUUCACUUAUAAUACUCUCUUGAAUGGAUUACUCUCUUUAUUCUCUUUAGGGGCAUUGCAGUAUGCAUUUUAUUUCACAGAGGAGAUGUAUAGAAAUGGAUUUGUACCAUCUUUCAGUCUUUUGUCAAGAUUAUUGAAAAACUCUGUCAAGUUGGGGGAUUUAAUGGGUUCUCUUUAUGUGUUUGAACUGAUGUUGAGAUUGGAGUAUUCUCCAACCAAAAACACUUCAAACAUGUUGAUUUUUAGCCUCAGCAGAGCUCAAAAAGUUCAUGAAGCAUACUUUGUGCUCUCUGUGCUUUUGGACAAGGGUUUUUUUCCUACUUUGUGCAGUUAUAAUUCAAUUCUUUGGGCUUUAUGCAAGUCUAGCCAGAUUUAUACUGCUUGGGCACUGUUUUGUUAUCUGAAGAAGAAGGGACUUGUUAAUGACGUGUCAUCAUAUUCAGCUUUGGUUCAUGGUUUUAGCAGAGAAGGGCUAUGGGAAGAAGCUUAUCAUGUUUUAGAAGAGAUGCAGAAGGAAGGGUGUAAAGCUAAUGUCGUCACCUACACUACCAUCAUUAAGUUUCUUUGUGAUGAUGGGAAGAUCGAAGAGGCUUCCUGCCUAUUGGAUAGAAUGGAAAUGGAAGGGUGUGAACCAGAUUUGGUUACAUACAACAUAAUUCUUCGUGCACUUUGUCACAAAGAUAGAAUUUUAGAAGCUUUUGAGCUCUUUCAUGUUAUGGAUGAAAAAGGGUUAUCUCCUGACCCCUUCACGUAUGCUGCUGUGGCUGGGGGGCUGUUAAAAGCAGGAAGCAUAGGGGUUGCAACUCAGUUCUUGCUUGAUUUCUCCUCCAGGGGCUGUUUAGUGGAUGCUGCUACUUGCAACAUCUAUUUGCAUUGUUUAUGUAAUUUAGGUAAAUCAGGAGAAGCAUUAUUAUGGCUAAAAAGUAGGAUGGAACGUGGUUUUACACCAAAUCACAUCACAUAUAACACAAUUUUGAAUGGAUUCUGUAAGGAUGGUAAUGUGGACAAAGCAUUGGAGCUCUUGGAUCACUUUGAAUGGGCUGAUAAUAGGCCUGACUUGGUUUCCUUUAACACAAUUAUGUCCAUGGCUAGCAAGCUGGGAGAUUCUGCAAUGCUUCGAAGGGUCUUGUAUCGUAUGGAAUUUGAAGAUUUUAAGCUUAAUAUAAUUAGUUCAACUUGUCUGAUUCGGUAUUUCUGUAAAAUGCAGAAGUUCUCUGACUGUAUUAAGCUUUUGGAGAGUAUGAUCUGCAAUGGCCCCACUCCUACAAUAGUCACUUACAAUGUUCUUUUGGACAACCUUUGCAAGAAUGGGUUACUUGGAGCUGCAUAUCGGAUUUUUAGGGUCCUUAAAAGCAACGGACCUUCUCCUGAUACAAUUUCAUACAAUAUUCUUAUAAACUCUUUCAUACACGAAGGAGAUGAUUUGAUGGUGAAACAGUUGUUAAGGGAUAUGCAUAAUCAGGGAAUGCAGCCGGAUUCGGUUACAUAUGGGUCCUUUAUCUAUAGCCUUUGUAAAGAAGGGAAGGUAUCAGUUGCCCUCCACCUGCGGGACCAGAUGGUAGAGGCUGGGGUUAAGCCAAGUAUCGUCAUAUACAAUACCUUAUUGAAUGCCAUGUUUCAAAAUGGCAAAUUGUGGGAGAUUUUCUUGCUAUUGAAAGAGAUGGCAGUAAACGGACCUGAGCCAGAUAUGGUAUCUGCUGAUAUUCUAAAUCGAGCUAUUUCUAAAGGCUGGAUAAAGAGAUUUCCCAAGGCCAUGAAAGCUAUUGAACUCGUGAUUGGCAACAAAUCAGCAGAGAAACUUAUGUUGCUACAAUAACAGGCUGAAAGACUAGCAAACUGAUCUUUUGUGAAGUCGCUCUUUUUAUUGCUGGUGGAUUCAAGGUCAACCAGGUUGGAUUGGUCUUCAUAAAGUUUCCCUAGAAGAUGUUCACAUGAAAAACAGGUAUCACAUAUACCUAUC